AUGGCGAUGGCUGAGAAGAAAAACGAGUACCCUCCGAGUGUGGAGGCGGACAGGAGACUGCUUCCCUUCGACACCUGGGAAGAAUACUUGGAUUCCCUGAUUGAAAUUGCUGAUCUCAGAAACCUUCGUAGUAUCGUUUCGGCUCGGACUAUUGCUGCACUUGGCUAUAGGGCAAAUGGCGACACUCUUAGCGAAAAAGAGUUCUACACGCGUCGAGCAGUAAUCUAUAAUGUAGUUUACCCGUCUCCUAAAGCGUACACGCUGGUCAGUGAGGGGGCUGACUUGGAUGACGCAUUCACCAGGGAACUAGCCGUGAGGGAGCGUGCCAACAGAGUCGAGAUACUACAGACAAUAAUAUUCAUUCGGCACUUCACAAAAGGUGGUUUCGAAAUCUCUGGCUACAUCGAUUACGCUCAUAGAUUACUCUCUGAGAACUGGGCGCCUUUCUUCAAAGGAAAGAAGCAGUUAUGGCCCACAGAGAAUGAUUUGGGGUAUUACCAUUGGCGACAUGGCACUGUCAGGAGUAAUAUGAGUAGAAAUUAUAAACCUCUUAUGGAUCCAGAAAAAGGGCUUUUAUUCCAAAAUCGUCAUGACCAUAAAAUUAUAUGCCCCGACCCGGAACAAGAUCCUGGACAAAACACAAUGAAAAUAAGGCUCUAUUCCCCCAAAUACACUCAAAUAGAGGUCUAUGACCACGUCGUGAGAAGAAAGAGCUAAUUAAACCUGA